UGUCGCCCUCAAAGGCAGGACAUGACCUGUGGAAGUGGAAACGGUGUCAAGAGGUCUGUCUGACGACGACAGGUUGCACUAGCCGCGCUUCCUGGGGUCCCUGCAUGACGUUUCAACCGAACCGAAGCCCUUCGCUCAAAGAGCCUCCAACGUCGCCGAGUGAAGUUGUUGUGGGAGGGCAUACAUACGCAUGCCUACCUACUAUGCCCUCAAUGCCUCUCACCUCUCGUGUCGUCCCGCCUCGUCCCUCAAUCUUCCAGCCUUCUCCUCAACCCCGGCGGCGUAACUUGCCCUUGUCCGUGCCCUCUCAGACACACAGGUGCACUGCAAUUACCUGCCGAGGAGUCUGUCUGAACGAGAGACAAAACGUCCACUCCCCCUCUCCAGCCCACCAUGGUGUAGCAGAGUCGCACGCCCUGUCUUGAGGUGCUCCCCUCCCGACACCGGCGGCGGCCGCGGCCUUCACUCUGCUCCGCGGAG